CGCGGGUGAGUGCCAGCUGCUGUUCUCCUCAUCUCUUAUUAUCCUCACCAUCCGCGCCCUCCUGCAUCUCACAUCUCGGUCUUUCCAUUCCUUGCAUCCUGCCGCAUCUCACUGCACCUUAUUGGUGAAAAGACUAAAAAAUGGCGAAGUCAAAGAAUCAUACCAAUCACAAUCAGAACCGCAAGGCUCACCGUAAUCCCAUCCGUCGCCCCAAAAAGUCAAAGCAUCCCUCUAUGCGUGGAGUAGAUCCCAAGUUCCUGCGAAAUAUGAAGUUUGCCCGUAAACACAACCUCAGUGGAAAGAAACAGCGUGAUAUCGCGGCAGAAAGAGCAGCGAAACGAGAGAAGCUUGCUGCGCUUAACCCAUAGAAAGCAAAAGGGCUGAAAAUGUUUACCUUUUGUAACCAAUCUUCCUUUCUUGUUAUGAAUAAAUAAACUUUUGAGGAAG